GAAAAUUUUCUUAUUGACAUUUGUUUAAUGUAGAAAAAGAGAGAUUAAUGUGAAAGUUGAAAUUUAAACUACAGAUAUACAAACUUGAAUAAUCUGGAGCUUUAUAACGCUGGAUUUAUGCGGGUAAAAAAUAUAAUUAAUAAUUAAAAAGAGGCGGGUAAUGCAAUAAGAAGAUUAGCUAAAGAAGAAAUCAAAGUUAGUUAUAGAUAAUGUAAGUUCAUAUUUGAAUGUAGUCUGAUGAAGAGGAGAUCUGUAAAAAAGUGAAAUUAGAAGAUCCAUCUUAUUCUGAGGAAGAAGAAGAAGUUGUGGAUGUGGAGGAGUUGGAGGAAUCAGAGGAAGAAGAAAAGGCAAAGAAAAACAAAAAACAAGAGACUAUUGAAGUAAUAUUUAGAAUAUAAUAAAUAGGAUGAAGAUUAUAUAUAUGUAGACAAAUUGCCUAACUCCGAGGCAAUGUUGAGGGAUUUAAAAAAGUAAGUAGAGCAAAGAAUUAAAUAUUACAAAAUGAAAUACAUUCAAGAAUAUCAUGAGAAUCAUACAAAAUAGAGUUUUGUUCACAAUGAUGCCAUUCCAAUUUGUACUGAUGUCAGACUAAUGGAUUUUUAAGUAAAUUUAAUUCGUGAUAAUUUAAGAAAUUAAGAGAUGAGCAAUUGAAAAUAGCAGGACAAUUGUUUGAUGUAAUCAUGAUGGAUCCACCCUGGCAAUUGUCAAGUUCAUAGCCAUCAAGAGGAGUUGCUAUCGCUUAUUCUUCUUUGGCUGAUGAAAAUAUUAGUAAAAUGCCAAUAGAAACAUUGUAGGAGAAUGGUAUUAUAUUAAUAUGGUAAAUUUAUAAAUUUAUUAUUAAGGACUAUUAAUGCUAAAUAUAAGGUAACAUGUAAGUUAAUUGAAUAAUGGGGUUACAAAUUAAUAGAUGAAAUUAUAUGGUGUAAGAAGACUGUCAAUGGUNAUUUCUUUUUUUUAUGUUUCACUGUUUUAAGCUUUUGUUGA